GGAUGUAUUGAUAUCACUAGAAGCAGCAUCCGGCCGAACGCGGAACGAUUGAACGAACGUCACAUCCAGAGUCGGAACUGUGUCGGAAGUCGGAAGAGGAAAUCCAUCGGUAAAGCAUUUGUCAACAGGCGUCCACAGAUCGCGAUGGUUCCGCCGGCGGUCCCCUCCUCUCCCAGCUCCCAAUACACCCAGCAAUUUUUGAACAGCGUCCUCUCCCAGCGAGGCCCUGAGGCUCUGCCCUACUCGGAGGACCUCAAGUGGCUGAUACGCCAACACCUCCUCGCCCUCAUCGAGGCAUACCCUUCUCUCCAGCCCAAGACCGGAAUCUUCACCCACAACGACGGCCGGACCGUCUAUCUCCUUCAGGCCGACGGCACUGUCCCUAUGCUCUUUCAAGGCGUGACCUAUAACAUCCCCGUCGUCAUAUGGCUCAUGGAAUCCUACCCGCGCCACCCUCCCCUGGUCUUCGUCAACCCUACUCGCGAUAUGAUCAUCAAGCGUCCUCACCCUUUUGUCAACCCUUCAGGCAUCGUUGCGAUCCCUUAUCUUCAAAGCUGGAUCUACCCUAGCUCUAAUCUUGUUGAAUUAGCUCGCAAUUUGGGACAUUAUUUCAGCCGUGACCCCCCUCUGUACUCCCAGCGCAGACCUAAUCCAAACCCUAGCCCAACCCCCAACCCUAGCCCUUCUACCAGUGCCAGUUUUCCAAACAGUGCCUCGAUUGGAUCUCAUUCCCCAGCAAUCCGGCCCGCUAUACCCCCUCCACGUGCAUUUCCCCAGUCCCCAUAUGGAACUGGCAGUGGUUCUGAGAGGGUGAUGGAUGAUCCUUCAGAAGUUUACAAGCGAAAUGCUAUUAAUAAGCUUGUGGAGAACUUGCAUAGCGAUAUCUUGGGGUUGAGGAAGGCCAGGGAGGCCGAUAUGGAUGGCAUGUUCAAUGCCCAAUCUGCACUGAAGCUGCGAGAUGUGCAGUUGAGCAAUGGUUUGAAGGAGAUGCAGGAUGAGAAAGAGGGGUUGGAGCAGCAGUUGCAGAUGGUUCUGAUGAACAGCGAUUUGCUGGAAGGGUGGCUGAAAGAGAAUGAGGCUAAGGUGAUGAACUUGGGGGUGACGAAUGUGGGUGUGGACGAGGAGGUGUUUGAGCCUUGUGAUGCUCUUUCCAAGCAGAUGCUCGAAUGCACUGCCUCUGAUUUAGCCAUAGAGGAUGUGGUUUAUUCUCUUGACAAGGCAGUACAGGAUGGUGCAAUUCCUUUCGAUCAAUACUUGAGGAUCGUGAGGCUCUUGUCUCGUGAACAGUUCUUUCACCGCGCCACUGCCUCCAAAGUUAGGGCUGCUCAGAUGCAGGCACAGGUUGCUAAUAUGGCUUCCAAGGCAUCCCAGUAUUCUUUAUGAUGAUUUACACUAAGCAGCCAUCGUGGUGGUAUAAUGGAUUUUGACGCCAUUCAUAUACGGAUUACUAUUUAUUUCAAGGUUGGUUAGUUGUGUGGAUAAAAUCUUAAAGCUUGGUCUCUCUACAGGUUUUCACACUUCUUGGCUAUAGCGGAAACUUAAAAGUGUGUAUUUCUCUGAGCAAUUGAUAUGCGUGACUCUUUAUAUGUUCUAUAGUUAUGUGUACAAUUUUUGUUGAUUUCAACUAUAAAAAGUUUGGGAAUCC